AUGAAUUAGAAAGAUAUCAUUAUAAAACAUGAAAAUUAAAGUUAUUCAUAUGCAUUAUCUUAGGUAUUAUCAACAUUGAAAGUAUAAACAAUAAUUUAAAUUAAUUAGGGAUCAACAGCAAAUUUAAAAUAAAGUAAAUAUUGA